CAUUCAAUAUGAGUCCGAGUUAAAAUAUGACCCGACUCUUCUUAACUCAGCUCGAGCCGAGUUUUCUGAAACGAGUCAAGCUAGAGCACAUCUGAAUCUUGGCUCGACUCGGCUCUUUCGGAGCCCUAUCAUGAAACGUGUACAAAAAACUUGGUUAUAUAUGCGUUCAGCGCCACCUCUACAAAAACUAUUGAGAAACCUUGUUAUUUGUUCCAGUGUAUUGCUUAUCUUGUACACGACAUACCUACUAAAUGGAUUUAGAUCUACGAUCCAUCUUAAAGAAGACGCGAUUUCCAACAGCUCUUUGUCUUCUAGUCAAACAAUAGUAUUAUUUCUUGACGGAAUACAACAAGCAAAUAAUUUACAAUCAAUAAUAUGUAAGUUCGCCAAUAAAGUCUCGCUGCAAAUUAUAGUUUCGGGUGGUCAACGUGGAUUAAGUAAAUCAAAAAUGAAUGCUCUAAUCGCGCAACAUUGUCCUGACGAUAUUAUUGAUUUGAAUAUUGAAGAAAUGAGGUUGUCAACUAGAAGCAAAAGUAGUCUCGUCAUACAAGUGUUUGAAGGAUUCUCAAAGCUCAUUAAAGAAUUGAAUCCAGAAGUAGUUCUCUAUAUAAGUGAUCCUAUUAAUCCCAUUUCGCGUGGUGUUAUCUCUGUUUUAUCUAAUUUUGAAAGUGUCACUGGAAUCGGACUUCCAUUAGAUCACAUUGAACAUUUAGCCUGGUUACCUGAUCUUACAAUAGAGACUUUAAAACAUUGGAAUACUCCUAAAAUUCAUUUACAAGUGAUUACCCAAGAUCGUCCUGAUUCUUUAUCCCGAUUAUUACGCUCACUUGAUUCAUCUUAUUACCUUGGGGAUAGGCUUCCACUUACAAUAAAUAUGGAUAGAGGUGUUGAUCCUGUUACCAUCGAUUAUUGUCACAGAUUUCAAUGGAAUCAUGGAGAUCUUGCACUUCGACGUCGUGUUUUACAAGCUGGACUUUUACCCGCAGUGGUUGAAUCUUAUUAUCCGCAUGAUAAUGACCAUUACGCAGUUCUAUUGGAAGAUGACGUCGAAGUUUCUCCAUUUUUUUAUGUUUGGAUUAAAUAUUCUAUCUUAAAAUAUCGUUAUGGUCCUGUUCGCGCUGCAAGUCAACAAAUGUUUGGCGUGAGUUUAUACGGUGCAAAAAAUUUAGAGCUUCACAUGUCUGGUCGAAAAAGUUUCAAUCCUUCAUUAAUUCUACAAAAAGGAAAUUUUUCGAUACGUUCUCCAUAUCUACAUCAAGUUCCAUGUAGCUGGGGCGCUGUUUAUUUCCCGGAAAUUUGGCGUGAAUUUCACGAAUAUAUUAAUGCACGAAUGGAAGAUGAAGCCACCAUAAAGAUGCAGAAAAUAGUUGUUCCCGAAAGUAGAUCAAAUCGAUGGAGAAAUUCAUGGAAAAGAUACUUUAUUGAACUUGUGUAUCUUCGUGGUUACGUGAUGCUCUAUCCGAAUUUCGAUAAUUUCACAAGUUUAUCAACAAAUCAUAUGGAAUCUGGAAUGCACAUUCAUUCAACUAACGUGAUGAAGUCUCGUGCAUUUGAUCUUCCCUUAAUGCAUGAGAAUAUCAUUCUCAAAGAAUUACCUCAAGGCCGAUUAUCCGAAUUCAAAUCGUUACCAGUGAUAGACUUGUGGGGUAAAUUAGUGACGGCUGAAACUUUGAUUAAUCGCGGUCGUGCUCUUCAGAUCCAAGUUUCGGAUUGUCCUCCGCGAGUUGGAACCCCUUAUCGAUAUAGCGCAAAGGAUCUAUUAUGUGUUGAUGAAGAUGAAAAAGCUGAAGCUUGGGCCGCGUAUGAAGAACAACAAAAAGAACAAGAGAGAAAAACCGCUCUUAUUACUGCAUUAGCUGAUCGCUAUACUUCUGAAGGUUCAAUCUCUGAAUUGGAACGUCUUGAUGACGACCAACGGUAUUUUAGUGGAGCCGUUAGUCUACAACAAUCACCAGAAUCAAAAGAAUUAAAAUUAGCGGAUAGUUAA